AUCGCUCUCCAGCGGUCCCCGGCCCCCUUCGGGCCCCUCGGCUUCCCACGGCCGGCCGUCCUCCGGGCGGGGGAGGGAGAAAGUGAGACUCGGUGUCAUCACCAUCCAUUGUCAGAAGGGGAGGAAAUUGGAAUCCAGCAGCGGCGAGCAGCAGCUGGGCGGUCACAUCUGGGAAUGCAAAGCCGACCUCCCCCACCUCCUCCUCCUCCGCCACCUCCUCCUCUCUCACCCGGGAUCACUUCCGAAACCACUUCGCCUUCAGCCCCUGCCUCGGCCAGAGGGAUUUAUUUAAUGGGGAUGUGUUCAAGGCAAGAGAGAAUUCAGAAGGAUAUCGACGUCGUGAUCCAGAAGUCCAGAGCCGAGAAAGACUGCCUGUUUGCAGAUUUCAGAUACUCAGACUCUACCUUUACUUUCACCUACGUUGGCGGCCCCAAAAGUGUGUCGUACUCAGUACACGUCUCAGAAGACUAUCCAGACAAUACAUAUGUGUCAAGUUCAGAAAAUGAUGAGGACGUACUAGUUACUACAGACCCAAUUCCUGUUAUUUUCCAUAGAAUAGCAACAGAAUUAAGAAAAACGAAUGAUAUUAACUGUUGUUUAUCCAUAAGAUCCAAACUACAAAAGGAAAAUGGGGAGGAGUCAAGGCAGAACAGUACGGUGGAAGAGGACUCUGAGGGUGACAACGACUCUGAAGAAUUUUAUUAUGGAGGGCAGGUGAACUAUGAUGGGGAACUGCACAAACAUCCUCAGCUGGAAGCUGAUUUGUCAGCGGUGAGAGAGAUCUAUGGACCACAUGCAGUUUCUCUCAGGGAAUAUGGAGCUAUUGAUGAUGUGGAUAUUGAUCUGCACAUUGAUGUCAGCUUUCUGGAUGAGGAGAUUGCUGUGGCCUGGGAAGUGAUUCGAACAGAACCCAUUAUUGUCCGACUACACUGUUCACUUACACAGUAUUUAAAUGGCCCAGUGCCCACAGUUGAUGUCUUUCAGAUUUCUACAAAAGAGCGAUUUGGAUUGGGACAUCAGCUGAAAAAGAUCAUGCAGACGUUUGUUACUCAGCAGUGGAAACAGAGCAAAGAAAAGUCCAGUUGCCUGCACGGUAAGAAGCUGUCAGAGAAGAAGGUGAAGUCUCCUCUGCAUUUGUUUACUACCCUGCGCAGGUCGCCCAGCUAUCCUCCCCCUGGUUGUGGCAAAAGCAAAUCCAAACUGAAAUCCGAACAAGACGGCAUCUCCAAAACGCACAAGCUGCUGCGGAGGACUUGCUCUAGCACUGUCAAAACUGAUGACGUGUGCGCCAAGACGCACAGGACCUUCGGGCGCUCGCUGUCCAGCGACCCCAGGGCCGAGCAGGCGAUGUCCACCAUCAAAUCGCACAAACUCUUGGGCCGGCCCUGCCCCGCAGCGGGCAAGCAGGAGGACUGCCUCACGCUCAAAUCGCAUAAGUUAUUGACUCGCUCUUGUUCUGGAGACCCGCGAUGUGAGCACAACACCAGCUUGAAGCCCCACAAACUGCUAAGCAGGUCUUACUCCAGUAAUCUCAGAAUGGAAGAGUUAUACGGGCUGAAAAAUCACAAAUUGCUCAGCAAGUCUUACUCCAACGCCCCCAAGUCAUCGAAAACAGAGCAUUUCAAGGAACCCAAUGCAGAGGGCAGGAGGCUCUCGCUUACCUCAGGGCUUAUCGGUAUUUUAACACCAUCAUCGUCUUCUUCCCAGCCUCCUACAAAUGGUGCAAAAUGCAUUCCAAUCCGAGACCGCGGCUUCCUGGUGCAGACGAUUGAGUUUGCCGAGCAGCGGAUCCCUGUAUUGAAUGAAUACUGUGUGGUUUGUGAUGAGCCGCACGUGUUUCAAAACGGCCCCAUGCUUAGGCCCACGGUGUGUGAGAGGGAGCUGUGUGUAUUUGCUUUUCAAACCCUGGGGGUGAUGAAUGAAGCCGCCGAUGAGAUAGCCACUGGAGCUCAGGUGGUAGAUCUACUCGUGUCCAUGUGUAGAUCUGCAUUGGAAUCUCCUAGAAAAGUCGUCAUUUUCGAGCCAUAUCCUUCUGUGGUAGAUCCUAAUGACCCUCAGAUGUUGGCCUUCAACCCCCGGAAAAAGAACUAUGACCGAGUAAUGAAAGCUCUGGACAGCAUAACUUCCAUCAGAGAAAUGACACAGGCACCCUAUCUGGAAAUCAAGAAGCAGAUGGAUAAACAGGACCCCCUUGCUCAUCCACUUCUGCAAUGGGUCAUCUCAAGUAAUAGGUCACAUAUUGUGAAACUGCCAGUUAACAGGCAACUGAAGUUCAUGCAUACUCCACACCAGUUCCUCCUUCUCAGCAGUCCACCAGCCAAAGAGUCCAACUUCAGAGCUGCUAAAAAGCUCUUCGGGAGCACCUUCGCAUUUCAUGGCUCUCACAUUGAAAAUUGGCACUCUAUCCUGAGGAAUGGUCUGGUCGUUGCCUCUAACACGCGUCUGCAGCUCCACGGUGCGAUGUAUGGGAGCGGGAUCUAUCUUAGUCCAAUGUCAAGCAUAUCAUUUGGUUACUCAGGGAUGAACAAGAAGCAGAAGGUGUCAACCAAGGACGAGCCAGCUUCAAGUAGUAAAAGCAGCAACGCAUCACAGUCUCAGAAAAAGGGACAGCAAUCCCAGUUCCUGCAAAGCCGUAACUUGAAAUGCAUAGCCUUAUGUGAAGUGAUCACGUCACCUGACCUGCACAAACAUGGAGAGAUAUGGGUUGUCCCGAACACGGAUCAUGUCUGUACACGAUUCUUUUUUGUCUAUGAAGACGGCCAGGUGGGAGAUGCUAAUAUCAACACGCAAGAAGGAGGCAUUCACAAAGAGAUACUCCGAGUAAUUGGUAAUCAGACUGCUACUGGCUAGAGUCCCACCGCUUAACAGGAUUUGAAAGCUUCCUCGGGUUCAAAGCUGGAUUUUGAACUGAAGAAGAUGACAAAAAAUAAUUUAUUGUUAUUAUAAACAAAAUUAACCCUUUGAAUACUGAUUUUCUUUUCUUAGUAUUUCUAAAUAUUUCAUUAAAUACGUAAAAUGGUAUAAGAUUUACCAAUUGUAGGAUUAUGGAAUCUAGUAAUAAACAUUAAACAGCACUUAAACUCAAGUUUGGGUUGCAUACACAAUAAACAGAUUGAAAAAACAGUUUUGUGCUGAUAUUUUUAUAUUAAAUUCUUUAAUUGGACAUUUGAUAUUAUGUACUGCUAUUUUAGGGUACUGAAAUAGGGUUGAGGUCGUUUUAUAAUGGCUUCGAAAUCUACCGGACAGUCUGCAAUGAGUACAGUGUCUUGUGAUGUGCUCAGUAUGAGUCACACACGCAUUCAAAUGCUGUGGGAGGGAUAUUCCUGUUCUCAUGUUUCUCUUUAUAAAACAACAGUUAGAUUCAGAGGCAGUGCCAUGCCAAAAGGCAUGCAGCACACUUGUCUGUAGAUUGCAUGUGAUUAUGCAUAUGUGUGCAUGAUCACAUGUGUAUUUUGACAGCAGAUGGAUAGCUUCACCAUGCUGUUUUAAUGAACAAAAAUCACAAUAAGCAGUAAAUUUGGACAUAAACUAUGAUAUGAGCCAAAUUUACUAUAGUUCAUUUAAACAUACACACACACACACACACACACACACACACACACACACACACGUAUUCGCAGACCCAUUUUUUCCCAGUUAGUUUGAAGAAACAUCCCAUUGGUUAAUAUAGCUAAUUUAAAAUGUUAUCUGAAAGUCAGCUCGAAAAAGCAAUGUUCCAGAUGUCUUAAGUCUGUAUUUACCUACUCGUGCAGUUUAAAAGGGGGGUGGGCAUAGAAUUAACAAACAGAAAGUGCACAUUUUUUAUUUCUUCCAAUGGAGUUUAUUUGUACCAUAUCUGUAUUUUUAUAUUUUUCAUCUGCUACCUCUGCUUAUUUUUUUCAUAUUGAGAAGGAAGAUAAACUUUGAAGCUUCUUUUACAUUAAAAGAACACAAGCUUAUAGAAAAAACUCGCCCCAGCUUUUAGCAGUUCUUUAUCGAGAGUCAUGUGCUCAUCAAAUCCUUUCUGUUUCUUUGAGUCUUAGAGUCAUAGGCAUUUCAAGUUUUAACUGACAGUGUUUAUUUUGCUACAUAAUGGAUGUCAUUGGAAUCAGGCCAUUCAUGAAAGCAGUUUAAUUAGUGAGUCUGCCACUCUAUUUAAACCUGAAUGAAGGCUCAUAUCUGAUUUUAUGUAGACAGAAAAAAAAUACAAAUGCGUCAUCAUUUGCAAGUGUGGUAUAAUAACUUGCGUGUUUAUUUCCUUUGGCAUAAAAGGUGAGAGAUGGGUCAUGCAUGUUGUCAGGGGUUACAGUUCAGGGAGAUUUUACUGAUCAUUUGUUUUUCUUAUGUUGUAAAUAAUUGAAAUGCUACUACUUCUAUAAGAUACAGAAUUGAAGAGGUUAAGAUUCUAAUGAAUUUAAUAGUGUCUGCUUAAAGAAGCAUCACUCUGUUCUGACUUACGCCUCUGAGCUAUGGAGUAACAUUAGCCUAAUAGAACCUAUAUUGAGUGUUCAUUGACAAGGUAUUUGAAGACUUAUGUGAGAUGCGAAUACCAUUACUUCUUUCUAGCAGACCUCUGAAGUCACUGUAACAAUAUUUUGAGAUAUUUUCUAGGCAACAACAACAAAAAGAUUUAAUUUUGUGGGACAUUCUACAUAUGAUAAAAAUAUAAAGAUAUAAUUCCUGAAUUUAAAAGGGGGGGAUGUCUUGGGAUCACCUCCUAUUAGGCCAUUGGUAAGGUACCUCCAGAAAGGCUGUAGAAUGCUUCGUAGCCUAAUUGCAAAGCCACUAAUCUGAUCAUUUAUGGCUUUACUUAAUAGUUGGGUGAUCUGUAAAGAAUGCAGUACUAGAAUCUGAAGGGUAACCUAUGCUUGUACUCAAGGGAGAUGAUUUAGAGGAGAGAAAACUGGCAUGAAAAACUUCUACUGCCAAUUUAAGAGUACAAGAAAUUUGCCUAUCCAAGUAGAAAAGUUAAUGUUAGUUUAAUACCCACUAAAUACAACGUAGUGAUAGGCAUUUUAAGACAAUUAAAUGAGCUGUCUUAUAAUGAUCAUCAAGUUGUAUUACUUUACCAGAAUUAGUUUCCAAAAACUGCAUCAGAACUUUUAUAAGCACAUAUUCUAAAGAGGGUAAAACUUUUAUUAAACUUUUGAAAUUGGGACUGCUAUGAUACCCUAAUGAAAACGCUUGUAUUUCUAAAGGAUCUAAUUUCUACUAAUACCAUUAGUAAGUGAAUAUCCUACUUCCAAAACUCAAGCAGUUCUUUAAGAGAUUCAAACACCAUUAUCAUCCUAUGGCUCAGUCACCCAUUCUGAUAUUAUUAUUUGAUGAUUCUAGACAUUUGAGAUAGCGUUGCAUUUUAAUAAUCAUUGGAAAUUCAUCCAUUGCCUUUUAUGCCAGUGAUACUAGUUCUUCUUUCAUUGCUACUUGAUAUGACUUCACUAAGCAAACUUCAUUCUUGAAGUAGAGUAUGAAGACACUUACUGUUGGGUCCAUUCUUUCCUGCAUUGCUGAUUUUAUGGAACAUUUCAUUGGGAAGAAUUCUGCCUCUUUCACUGCAAAAAGGAGAUGAAAUGACUGGAAAUUUAAGAAGAGGAAAGUGUAAUGAUUCAUAAAUAAUACAGUAUUGUAGAGUGAACCAUGUGGUGUGCCCGGGGUGAGUUAUGCUGCUAGUUAAUCUCAGUCAGAUGUUGGGUUUGGAGAUUUUUUUAAAUUUAAACUUGAAUUUUAAGGGUGCCAUAUCCUUAGAGUUUCUGUGAACUACUGUAGGACAUGAAUUUGAAUUGCUAUGAAUGUUCCUGCUUGGAAAUUUUUAAGAAUUUGCAGUAGAAAUCCCCCAGUUUUCCUCUCCUCUACUGGAAGAAAUGCGCAUUUAAUAUGGAAGUAUAUAAUUUUUAAAUUAAUAGCGCUUGAAGAAUUUUAGCAGUACUUUAUAUAAUAACAUUUCAUUAAUCAUAACUUGCUUCAGGACAUGUGAUUUCAGCCAUCAUUCAGGACAAACUCAUCCACAACUUUCAUCACAUAGUAAUUUAAUAUUCUAAAGGGCCACUCAACCUUGGAUCAUCUCUCACCCAAAUAAAUAAAGAUUUCACGGUAGCAUUUGAAGCACAUUAAAGAAACAUAAUAGUCUAUUGUCCUGCUGGAUUCUUCAUUUCAACACUACCUCAGCACUAAGGAGAGACUGCUUGUCAAGGCAAACUGCUUUUCAGAAUAAGGAGCAAAGGCAGUUUUACAAACGGAAGUCAUCAAAUAAUUCAACAGUUAAGACCAUGGUAGACACAGACAUUACCAACUGCUUCCCCACUCUGUAACGUAGGCAAUUGUGUCACAGAGAUUAAUGACACAGUUAACACUGAAACAAGUUAUUAGAAGGGUUUGAGUGGCAUAAUUAGAAGUUAAUUAGUUCACUGCAAGGUUCAUUUUCUUUAUGGGCCAGUUUCAUGCCCAUUCACAUAAGACUCACAAGCAGUUGCCACACUAAAGAGUUAAAGAGUUUAAAGAGCAAAACAACAACAAAAUAAAUGCAGCUGCUGUGCCAGAAUGACAACCUGAAUAUUCAAAUACUUUGGCAAUUAAUGCCUACUAAAUUUGUGUCAGCUCAUAUAUGAAUUUGAUGUAUAUUAUUACCCAGUAAGUUUUUCUUGGGAAUUUUGUACACACUAUGAAAUAUAGACUAAGUUUUUGUAGGUCAAAAGUGUUUCAAGUAGUUUGUAGACAAAACAUAUCCAUGAGUGUGAAAAAGCUGUGUUGAAGAAUAGAGUACAUUACACAUUUACCAGCCAGUCAGUAAGAAGUAGUGCUUAUUUACAUAGUCAACAAAAUUUAAUGUUGUAAAAACAGUCUCUUUCAUCUGCCCAAUAUUUAAUGUAUCAUUUGAGAUUUUAAAAACUGCAGCCACUCCUUUAUGUAAACGUUAAGGUAUGCCUAUGUUUCUUUGACUAUACAACCUUUACAAUACAUUUCUUGACUUUUGUGCACAGAAUAGGAUUGCAACCUGCUAUUUAGCCUUUGGUGCCUUAGAGUUAUUAUCACUAUUUAACAAUAUGUACAUACUGUAAAUACUGCCAAGAGAUCACUAAGGCCAAAUAUUUUCUCUAUUCACUUUUUAUUGCACUUGCUUUCUAUUGCUACUUCAGCCUCUUUUAUCCUGCUUUGUAAUAGUUCUAACAUUGUAGCCACUGUAAAUGUUGACUUUCAAUAAAUCUGAAUUUGUUCAACAA